GUGCGCUCUCUAAGUCAGAAAUGUAUGCAAUUUUGGAUCAUACAAUAUGACGUACGUCGCGAACACUGUUCCUGCUGGUCGCCCGACUUCUAUCAGCUCUGAACACAAGCAGCAUGAUGAGAAGCGGCUGAACUCGGAUUCGAAUCUCAAAAAUGUGCCGACGCUGACGCCAGAACAGGAGAGAAGACUGUGGAGAAAGGUUGACUUGCGGUUGGGGCCUAUCCUCAGUUUGAUGUUUCUAAUGUCUUUCCUUGACAGAGGUAACAUCGGUAAUGCGAAGUUGGACGGACUCGUCACUCAGCUGGACCUCACGGGAAACAAAUUUAAUAUCGCAUUGACGAUGUUCUUCAUACCAUACUGCCUGUGUGAAUGCCCCGCUAAGUUCGCAAUCACUUUAACAUGGGGGAUAGUCAUAUACCCUCAGCUUGUUGCAGUGCGAGCCUGUCUUGGCAUUGCCGAGGCAGGUUUGUUCCCUGGUGUCAUUUAUUACCUUACUUUCUGGUAUCCGAGACACAUGCUACAAUACCGCAUUGGCAUGUUUUUUGGCGCUGCGACAAGCGCAGGUGCCUUUUCCGGUUUACUGGCCUUUGCGAUCAAUCACAUGAGUGGCACAGCGGGACUCGAAGGAUGGUCUUGGAUCUUCUUGCUCGAAGGCCUUGCAACAAUAGUUAUAGCCAUCAUUGCUCCCUUUGUGAUGGUAGACUUUCCCGACACAGCUAAGUUCUUGACCCCGGAAGAGCGUGCUUUUAUUGUCUGGAAGAAAAAAUAUGACAAUUCGUCAGUCGGUGAGGAAGAGAGGUUUGCGGUGAGGUACGUCUGGGCCGCGUUCGGGGACUGGAAGGUGUGGCUUCAUAUCCCCCUUUUCAUGUCAAUUGCUGGACCUUUGAAUGGCAUCACUCUGUUUCUCCCCUUUGGAUACAGUACAUCGAUCAGCCAGUUGCUCACCGUACCACCAUAUGUCGCUGCAACUAUCACAUUAGUCAUUUUUGGGUAUUACUCGGAUAAGUUGAAGAUGCGAUAUCCUUUCAUUCUUGCCGGCCUCGUAAUGUGUCUUAUCGGCUUUUCAAUAAAUAUAUCUACUGCACCUGAUGGUGUAAAGUACUUUGGGACUUUUCUCAUUGUCAUGGGAAGCUAUGCAGAGCUUCCUGGCGUAGUUUCUUGGCUCUCGAACAAUCUCUCCGGUCAGUACAAGAGAGGUGCCGGCAUGGGCCUCCUUGGCCUCGGAAACUUCAGUGGUGCAAUCGCAUCCGUCAUCUAUCGAUCGCAAGACUCACCGCGGUUUAUUCUCGGGCACGCAUUGGAGCUCAUGUUUGUCGGGAUUGGAUUCAUAACUUUACCAAUCUUGGUCUUCCUUUACAAGAGGGUCAACGCACAACGCGAGGCCGAGCGCCUCGCAAUGGAAAGUGGAGAAGGAUUGCAAUACUCGGACGAGGAACUACGGGAGUUGGGAGACCGUGCGCCUGACUUUAGAUACACAUUGUAGGCAGUGACGCAUUUAUACUUCGUGACCUGGUAUCGAGGAUGUAACAUCAUAUUUAUGGCAUUUAUUGUCUUUGUGUAACCCGGUCCCAACCCUAUAUAUACAAACUGCAUGUUACUUAUUAGCGCAGGGUUGACGAGGUUGUUCUCUCUUAUAAACUAACCACAACUUGUUGCGCAGUCGUCAUUGUCCCGACCGAUGUACUUACACUAUGUAGGCUCCAUUAGAAGCUCCAAAUGGGACCCACAUAAGUAGUGAAGAUCGUGGUCAUUAUUGCAAGC